AUGAGCUUCAAAAAGGAGGAGGAUUUCUUAGAUAAAGACUUAUGGGAAAAUGAACCCGAUGAUUUUCGCAAAGUAAAACUAAUAUAUGAUUCUUGCAUGGACACCCAAACCAUUGAAAAGUUGAGCAGCGAGCCUCUGUUGAAGGUUCUGGAGUAUCUCGGUGGUUGGCCAGUGCUCCAAAAUGAAAUAUGGAAUGAAACCACCUUCGAUUGGAUUAAUACAAUCAGUAAGAUCAGACAAAUGGGCUUUAAUCACAACAUCCUUAUGGGGCUAUCUGUAAUUGAAGAUCCUUGGAACAACUCGGCUCACAUCUUAGAGUUGGAUCAACCAUCAUUUGGAACAGACCGAAAAACUUUGUUGAAUAAAGAAGAUUUAUAUUUAACUAACUUGUAUGGCUUGGUAUUUAUACCUUACCUUCUUGAUAUGCACAAUGCCGCUCGUAAAUUGGCACUGAAUAUUUAUGGUUCCUGGUCUGGGAAAGAUGUUACCAUUCAGGCAGAAAUGGAAAAGGUUUUUCGCUUUGAAGGUAUGCUCGUCAAUUUUUCUUUAGCACCCGAAGAAAGACGGAAUAUGAGUAAUCUUAAUAAGAGAUACACUGUUAAACAGCUUAUGGAUGAGGUAAAAGAGAUUGACUGGAUUAGAUAUUUCAAUGAAUUGCUGGAUGAUGAAAUCGAUGAAAAUGAAACUUUGAUUAUUAAAGACUUAGGUUUCAUUAAGAAGUUUGCCAGUUGCAUUUCAAAAGUGGAUAAGAAAGUGGUUGCCAAUUAUAUGAUGUGGAGAGUUGUUUAUGAAUCUUUACCAUUUUUAUCGAAGGAGUAUAGGAAUCAUACCGCUCCACGCCAUCCCUAUUCUGGUGCACUUUAUGAAAGCACGCCUCGUUGGAAACAAUGCUUCUUUUCGCUUAGGGAUAACUUGGGAUUAGCCCUCCACUCGUACUAUAUGAAUCAAAAUGCUUGGAAAUUACAUAACUUGGGAAAGGAAAGCAAAAAUAGUACAAGACGUAUUAUCAGAAACAUUCGUCGAGAAUUGUCACAUGUCAUAAGCAAUACAUCUUGGAUAGACAACAAAACUAAAACAGAAGCUAUAAACAAGAUUAAUGCCAUAAAAGCUCAUGUUGGGUACCCUGACGACAUUCUUUAUCAACAUUACGUAGAUAAUCUCUAUGUAAACUUAACCAUAGGCAACGAAUGUUAUUUUGAUAUCAUGAUGAAAGUUCGUAAGUGGGCUGUUGACUACUCUUUCUCUCAGCUUCGGAAAACUAGACCAUACAAAGAUUGGAAGAAACAUAUAAACCCAUCUGCCGUAAAGCCUUAUUAUAACUAUCUGGAGAACAGCAUUGAUAUUCUCACUGCAACGUUACAGCACAGGUUCUUUAAUAAGGAUCGACCAUAUUAUCUGAAGUUUGGAACCAUUGGUUACCUUGCAGGCAGUGAAAUAAUGCGUGGAUUUGAUUACACAGGUCGGCAGCUUGAUGGAGAUGGUAAUAUUGCCAAUUGGUGGCCUACCGGCGAAGAAACAGACAGAAUACUUAAAAAAAAAUCUAAAUGCCUUUUACAGCAGUACAAGAAUUACUGCUCUGUAAAUGUAGAUAGAUUUGAAGCAAAGAAAAAUGAUUUGGGGCUACUCGAAGACCUUAUAGCUCACAACGCAGCUCUAAAAUUAGCUUAUAAGGCCUAUGAAUCAUUCUUAAUAAGGAAGCAUGUAGAUGACCUAAAGCUGCCGGGAAUGAAGUAUUCACCGAAACAACUGUUCUGGAUAAGUGCAGCAAGCCUAUGGUGUGAGAAAGUCAUUCAAAAAAGUCCUUUUGCCACCACUUCGUACCUCUCAUCAAUAGUUAAAGUGGUAGCACCAAUUCUUAAUCAGGCAGAUUUCGCCAAAGAUUUUCAAUGUCCAGAAGGCUCUCUAAUGAAUCCAAGCAAGAAAUGUGAAUUCUGGUAGCUGAAAACAGCAACUGAAGAUAUAAAAUUCAGGAAUUAACUGCUUUACUAAAUCAUUGCUAUUACACAAUUUACUCCAUUUUAUGAAGCACCUUUAUCUUAAUAAAUAUUUAAAAAAGGUUUACAGAAAUUUCAGGAAUUAGCUGCUGUACUAAUUCAUUCAUAUUUACUCGAUUUUAUGAAGCACCUUUGGCUUAAUAAAUAUUUACACAAGA